AUAUUCAGAUUAAGAAUGAAAGUACUUCUUCUUUUCAUCAUUUUCAUAUUGACGAGCUUUACUGAAGCGCAUAAAGAUACAACUCCAAAUUUAUUAAUGGACAGAUCAUACAUACUAAAACAAGUGAAUUGUAUCUUAAACAUAAAAGAAUGUGACGCGAUUGGGAAAAAAAUUAUAGCAUUGUUGCCAGAAGCAGUGAACAAUCAUUGUAGACAGUGUACAUCUCGACAAGCUGCACUUGCAAUCAAGUUGAUAAUCUUUAUGGAACAAAAUUAUCCCAAUGAAUGGCAAUUGAUUCUACAACGUUAUAAAACGACGAAAUAUUACAAUAUGAAGAUUUAUCUUCUAUUAUUCGCCUUAACCGCGAUCGUUUGUGUAAUAGCAGAAGAUUAUACUACCAAAUACGACGAUGUAGAUGUAGAUAGAAUUCUACAAAAUGGUCGCAUCCUCACCAAUUAUAUUAAAUGUAUGCUGGAUGAAGGACCCUGUACUAACGAAGGCAGAGAAUUAAAAAAAAUUUUACCCGACGCUUUGUCUACAGAUUGCAGUAAAUGCAAUGAAAAACAGAAACGCACAGCGAAUAAAGUAGUAAAUUAUCUGAGAACUAAAAGACCGAAAGAUUGGGAACGACUUUCCGCAAAAUAUGAUUCAAGUGGUGAAUACAAAAAACGUUACGAAAAUGUAUUACAUCCUACCAAAAACAAUUGAAUUUCUAUAUACGUAAAGAAUAAAUUUAUAAAGUUUAUAAUAAAAAUAUAAUAAAA